AUGCAGUUGGAUGAGCACUUAGAGGACCGUGACACCCGCGGUGGCAUCUAUUUUCGGUACAUGGCCGUAAUUGAGGAAAACGGUGGGGAACAAGCUGUAUUCUGGUACGGCGAGGCGAGGUCCUCGUUGUUCCAUGUCGAUUCGAUGGGCGAAUAUUUCGGGCGGAUAGCGACCGUCAAUCCGACAAGAGCUGGCGGGCUAAAUGCAUUUCCGAUUGCAUGUUGCAGGCUGACACGGUCUGCCACUGCGGGUUUUAGCUCCCCCCCCCCCCUCGCCAAAUGUGUCCUCGCCGUUGUCCCAAUGCAUUUUUAA